UUCGAGCGCCCGCCGGCGCCGCGCACCGCGCCAUCCCGCGCCCGACGCGCCCUUUACGUAACGCGCAAAGCACGACGCGUGCCCCCGGCGAGUGCACGACCAGACCGACAGUGUGAGUGUGAGGCGAACGGAGUUGACGGAAUCGGCGCGGCCUCGCGGCGGUGGCUGACGCGGCUGUAGUGCUAAGGCAGAUGUUGCGCGCGCGCCGCCGCGGUAGAGAGGAGCGCGAGCGGCCUGCGGGCGUCGCGGCUACCCCGCGCGCGGUCUAACACACCCUUGACACUGCACUAUAUAAGGUCGGACAUGAAAAAUCUCGCCCAUUUGCUGGCUGUCCCUAUCAGCGAACACGUGGUAACUUUCAUCUCUCUGGUAGCCGCGGCCACACUGCUCUCGCGGACGAUAGAAGGGCGCUCCGCCCGUAGGUGGCGUGCGGGAGAUCGCGGUCGCGGGGCGUGCGGCCGCCAGCGGCAGCGGUUCCCCCACCACACACACCCGCCCAUUCACUGUUAGCAGUAGGCAGUUCACUCGGGGGGAGUUCGAUAGACAAUGUCCGAGGACUUGGACUCGGUCAGCGAGGAAGAACGUAGCUUGUUCCGACCCUUCACACGCGAGUCGUUGGCCGCUAUCGAAGCCCGCAUAGCAGAGGAGCAUGCCAAGCAAAAGGAACUCGAGAAAAAACGAGCGGAAGGCGAGAACGAUUUGGGGCGGACGAAAAAGAAAAAAGAAGUGCGAUACGAUGACGAGGACGAAGACGAGGGUCCGCAGCCGGACGCGACGCUGGAGCAGGGGCUGCCGCUGCCUGUGCGCAUGCAGGGUUCGUUCCCGCCCGAGCUCGCCUCCACACCCCUCGAAGACAUAGACCCUUUUUAUCAUAACCGAACAACCUUCGUAGUAAUAAGCAAGGGUAGAGAUAUCUUCAGGUUUUCAGCGACUGACGCCCUAUGGAUGUUGGACCCGUUCAAUCCAAUAAGAAGAGUGGCGAUAUACAUUCUAGUGCAUCCUUUGUUCUCGCUAUUUAUUAUUACCACCAUUUUAGUCAACUGCAUACUUAUGAUCAUGCCUACAACACCAACUGUAGAAAGUACUGAAGUUAUCUUUACCGGGAUCUACACAUUUGAAUCGGCGGUGAAAGUAAUGGCCCGGGGUUUCAUUCUGCAGCCAUUUACAUACCUUAGAGAUGCAUGGAAUUGGCUUGACUUCGUAGUUAUAGCUUUAGCCUACGUAACGAUGGGAAUAGACCUGGGCAACCUGGCUGCGCUCAGAACGUUCAGGGUACUCCGAGCUUUGAAGACUGUGGCCAUUAUACCGGGUUUGAAGACCAUCGUCGGUGCUGUGAUAGAAUCAGUAAAGAACCUCCGCGAUGUGAUCAUCCUGACGAUGUUUUCGCUGUCUGUGUUCGCGCUAAUGGGUCUGCAAAUCUACAUGGGCGUCCUGACACAGAAAUGCAUAAAAGUCUUCCCUGAAGACGGCUCGUGGGGUAACCUGACUGAUGAAAACUGGGAAAGAUUCUGUCAAAACGAAACAAAUUGGUACGAAGAAAAUGGAGAUUAUCCUCUAUGUGGAAACUCAUCAGGAGCAGGUCAAUGCGAGCCUGGCUACAUUUGCCUACAAGGCUACGGGCCAAAUCCGAACUACGGGUACACGAGCUUCGACACCUUCGGUUGGGCCUUUCUCUCCGCCUUUCGUCUUAUGACACAAGACUACUGGGAGAAUCUUUAUCAACUAGUGCUAAGAUCAGCAGGCUCUUGGCACGUACUCUUCUUCGUAGUGAUCAUCUUCUUGGGUUCGUUCUAUCUCGUCAACUUGAUCUUGGCCAUUGUCGCCAUGUCUUACGAUGAAUUGCAGAAGAAAGCUGAAGAAGAAGAGCAAGCUGAAGAAGAAGCACUUAGGGAAGCCGAACAAAAAGCCGCAGCAAAAGCAGACAGGCAAGAAGCGAGAGAAGCACACGCCCGUGAGUUAGCAGCAGCAGCGGAAGCAUCCGCGUACGCCGAAGCGCAUCCAGCCAAGUCUCCCAGCGACUUCUCGUGUCAGAGCUACGAGCUGUUCGUGAACCAGGAGCGUGGCAACCAGGACGACAAUACGCGCGAGCGGAUGUCGCUGCGAAGCGACCCCUUCCAAGACUCGGUGAGCACUCAGCCCACGCACAAGCCCACCGCCGACACGCAACACGAGCCACGCCGCCAUCGGAAAGUCAGCAUGGUCCCCCACCCUGAACGCAUAAAUAAAUACGGCCAGUUACAGUCAUAUGGGCCACUGCGGGAGGGCUCACAGGCGUCAUUAUCGCUACCUGGAUCGCCGUUCAACUUACGCCGAGGGUCACGAGGUUCCCAUCAAAUGGCCCUGAGGCCUAAUGGGCGGCCGAGGUACCCACCUGGAGCUGAUAGAAAACCUCUAGUGCUGUCAACGUAUCUGGACGCUCAAGAACAUCUUCCCUAUGCGGAUGACUCGAAUGCUGUUACGCCAAUGUCUGAAGAAAACGGUGCUAUCAUCAUUCCAGUCUACUAUGCUAAUUUAGGUUCUCGGCACUCGUCGUACACAUCCCACCAAUCUCGGCUGUCGUACACGUCUCACGGCGACUUACUGGGAGGCGGAAAAUCUCAAACAAAGGAGGCCAAGCUCCGCAACCGAUCCGCAUCGAGGAAUCAUAGCGUGACGUCGCAACCUCAUGCUUACCCACUGCCGAGACAAGAUUCUUCCCUUGCCUCCAGACCGCUUAGGGAAUACGAAACGACUGAAUGCACAGACGAAGCUGGAAAAGUACUGAAACCGUCAAAUGACAAUCCUUUUAUAGAAUCCUCACAGCAGCCUAACGUUGUAGAUAUGAGAGAUGUAAUGGUACUAAAUGAGAUCAUCGAGCAAGCAGGUCGACAAAGUAGAGCCAGUGAACAGAACGUGUCAGUGUACUACUUCCCAACAGCGGCGGACGACGAUGAGGACGGGCCCACUUUUAAGGAGAGACUGCUUGAGUGCCUCAUGAAAGGAAUAGACGUAUUCUGUGUGUGGGACUGCUGCUGGCUCUGGCUCGAGUUCCAGAAAUACGUUGCACUGUUAGUGUUUGACCCUUUCGUGGAACUAUUCAUCACUCUUUGUAUAGUGGUCAACACAUUGUUCAUGGCCUUAGAUCAUCAUGAUAUGGACAAAGAUAUGGAAAAAGCACUCAAAAGUGGCAAUUACUUCUUCACGGCAACAUUCGGUAUAGAAGCGAUGUUAAAAUUGAUAGCAAUGAGCCCAAAAUAUUAUUUUCAAGAAGGAUGGAAUAUAUUUGACUUUAUCAUUGUGGCCUUAUCAUUAUUGGAGUUGGGUUUAGAAGGUGUUCAGGGUUUGUCAGUAUUACGUUCCUUUCGUUUGCUUCGAGUAUUCAAAUUGGCAAAGUCAUGGCCGACACUUAAUUUACUCAUCUCGAUAAUGGGUAGGACGAUGGGUGCCUUGGGCAACCUGACCUUCGUAUUGUGCAUCAUUAUUUUCAUAUUUGCCGUGAUGGGUAUGCAACUAUUCGGGAAAAAUUACGUGGAUUACGUGGACCGUUUUCCCGAUGGAGAUCUCCCAAGAUGGAACUUCACAGACUUCAUGCACAGUUUCAUGAUUGUAUUCAGAGUACUGUGCGGAGAAUGGAUCGAAAGUAUGUGGGACUGCAUGUUGGUCGGCGAUGUGUCUUGUAUUCCGUUCUUCUUGGCAACUGUUGUCAUUGGCAAUCUUGUGGUACUUAACCUCUUCUUGGCCCUGUUACUGUCAAAUUUCGGUUCAUCGAGUUUAUCCACGCCUACUGCGGAUCAAGACACCAACAAAAUCGCAGAGGCGUUUAAUCGAAUAUCAAGGUUCAUCGACUGGGUGAAACGUAACAUCAACGAGUUUCUCAAAUUGUUGAAGAACAAAUUGACCAAUCAGAUAGCUAUACAUGCUCCCGAACGGGUCGACAAUGAGCUGGAACUCGGCACGGACCUCGAUGACGCUGUACUUUACAAAGACAAGAAACUAAAAGACCAAGUAGAAGUCGCGAUAGGCGAUGGCAUGGAAUUUACAAUACCAGGUGACAAUAAAUACAAAAAAGGAAAAAUCUUGAUGAACAAUAUAAACGCAAUUACAGAUAAUCAUAGAGAUAAUCGAUUAGACUGUGAACUCAAUCAUGGAUAUCCGAUCCAGGAUGAUGACACAAUAAGUCAAAAGUCGUAUGGUAGUCAUAAAAUUAGAUCAUUCAAAGAUGAAAGUCACAAAGGCUCAGCAGAUACAAUAGAUGGCGAAGAAAAGAAAGACGCUAGUAAAGAAGAAUUAGGUUUAGAAGAAGAAAUUUUAGAAGAAGAAGAAGAAAAAAUAGACGGAAUUUUAGGCAAAGAUAUAAUUGUAGCAGCUGAUGAAGAUGUAGUGGAUGAUUCGCCAGCGGAUUGCUGUCCAGAGCCAUGUUAUGUGAAAUUCCCAUUCCUCGCUGGAGAUGACGACUCACCCUUUUGGCAAGGUUGGGCCAUGCUACGACUGAAGACUUUCAGACUGAUAGAGAACACAUACUUUGAAACGGCUGUGAUUACAAUGAUCUUGCUCAGUAGUUUGGCUUUGGCGCUAGAAGAUGUACAUUUACCACAUCGGCCCAUUCUUCAAGACAUCCUGUACUACAUGGACCGAAUCUUCACCGUCAUCUUCUUCCUCGAAAUGUUGAUCAAGUGGCUCGCUCUCGGCUUCCAGAAAUAUUUCACCAAUGCCUGGUGUUGGCUCGACUUCAUCAUUGUCAUGGUCUCACUUGUAAACUUCGUAGCGGCGCUUUGUGGCGCCGGCGGCAUUCAGGCGUUCAAAACGAUGCGAACUCUGCGCGCGCUGCGGCCGCUCAGGGCCAUGAGCCGCAUGCAGGGCAUGAGGGUGGUGGUAAAUGCUUUAGUACAAGCGAUUCCUUCUAUCUUCAAUGUGCUGCUCGUGUGUCUUAUCUUCUGGCUCAUUUUUGCUAUCAUGGGCGUUCAGCUCUUCGCUGGAAAAUAUUUUAAGUGCGUGGACAUGAACCACACAACUCUGAGCCAUGAAAUCAUUCCAGACAAAAAUGCUUGUGAUGUAGAAAACUACACGUGGGAAAACUCGCCAAUGAACUUCGAUCACGUCGGCAAAGCCUACCUCUGUCUCUUUCAAGUAGCCACUUUCAAAGGUUGGAUACAAAUUAUGAAUGAUGCUAUUGACUCCAGAGAAGUUGGAAAGCAACCAAUAAGAGAAACGAAUAUCUACAUGUAUUUGUAUUUCGUAUUCUUUAUAAUAUUUGGAUCAUUCUUCACUCUCAACCUAUUCAUCGGUGUGAUCAUCGACAACUUUAACGAGCAGAAAAAGAAAGCCGGUGGCAGUCUUGAAAUGUUCAUGACUGAAGACCAGAAGAAAUACUACAACGCCAUGAAAAAGAUGGGAUCCAAAAAGCCUUUGAAAGCAAUACCAAGGCCAAAGUGGCGACCGCAAGCAAUAGUGUUCGAGAUAGUGACAGACAAGAAAUUCGACAUGAUUAUCAUGUUGUUCAUCGGAUUGAACAUGUUGACGAUGACUUUGGACCACUACCAACAAACGGAAACAUUUAGCACUGUCCUAGAUUAUCUCAACACGAUAUUCAUUGUAAUAUUUAGUUCAGAGUGCCUAUCAAAGAUAUUCGCGUUACGGUAUCACUACUUCGUGGAACCGUGGAAUUUGUUCGAUUUCGUUGUAGUCAUGUUCUCUAUUCUUAGCUUGGUGCUAAGUGAUAUUAUAGAAAAGUAUUUCGUAUCACCGACACUACUGAGAGUAGUUAGAGUAGCUAAGGUCGGUCGAGUACUUCGACUCGUGAAAGGCGCGAAGGGCAUACGAACGUUACUUUUUGCGCUGGCCAUGUCACUGCCAGCUCUGUUCAAUAUUUGCCUGUUGCUUUUCCUUGUGAUGUUUAUUUUCGCUAUAUUUGGCAUGUCAUUCUUCAUGCACGUCAAGAACAAGGGAGGCCUUGACGACGUGUAUAACUUUAAAACUUUCGUGCAAAGUAUGAUCCUGCUAUUUCAGAUGUCUACUUCUGCGGGAUGGGAUGGUGUAUUGGAUGGCAUCAUCAACGAAGAAGAAUGCGAUCAGCCGGAUAAUGAAAGAGGCUAUCCCGGCAACUGUGGUUCAGCCACUAUCGGCAUUACAUUUUUGUUGUCUUACCUUGUCAUAUCCUUCCUCAUCGUUAUCAACAUGUACAUCGCCGUCAUUCUCGAAAACUACUCACAGGCGACGGAAGACGUGCAGGAAGGAUUGACGGACGACGACUACGACAUGUACUACGAGAUCUGGCAGCGGUUCGAUCCCGACGGGACCCAGUACAUCCGCUACGACCAGCUGUCCGAGUUCCUGGACGUGCUGGAGCCCCCGCUCCAGAUCCACAAACCUAACAAAUAUAAGAUCAUAUCCAUGGACAUUCCCAUAUGUCGCGGCGACAUGAUGUUCUGCGUGGACAUCCUCGACGCGCUGACGAAAGACUUUUUCGCACGGAAGGGGAACCCGAUCGAGGAGACGGGCGACCUGGAAGUGGGCCGGCCCGACGAGGUCGGCUACGAGCCCGUGUCGUCGACGCUGUGGCGGCAGCGCGAGGAGUACUGCGCGCGGCUGAUCCAGCACGCGUGGCGGAGGCACCGGCGCACGCAGUCCGAGCCCGCCACGACGGACAACGACGCGUCGGGCGCGUCGGGCGACGAGGGCCGCGCGGCCACGGCCGUGCUGCUGGACGCGGGCGGCGCGGGCGGCUCGCGCGUGGUGCUGCAGGGCGCCGGCGCGUCGCCGCGGCCGCCCGCGGCCGCCCGAGGCGCUGCCGCCGCCCGCGCCCGUCUGACCCGCGCUGGCGCUCGCGCUGCUGCCCGCGCUCAUCGACGACGCGCCGCUGCCGCUGCCCGCACCGCUGCCCGAGCUCUUGAGCCCACCCAAGCGCACUUGAUUAUUUUCGCUAGAUUCGUGUACAUAGUGUUGGGCGGGCCGCGGUGCGCGGGCGGACUCGCGAGCGCAAGCGCCCCUGCGCAGCGCCCGCGCCUUCUUCUGGACGUUGAUCUGACGUUCCGAGUGUUGGAGUGUUUUGUAUUCGCGUGGCCGAAGCUUUGGAGACUGUUGUUUUGUUCGCGCGCGUUUACCGUGUUUGUCGUGUCGUUAGGACUUUUUCGUUUCGCGUUAGACCUAACCCCGCGGGAGGUACCGUUGAGAGAAAUCGUUUUAGCGAACGUGCCGUGUUUUUUUCGUCACUAGUGAUGUAAUGUAAGGUAUCGGAUAAAAUUGAGGAAAUUCUAAAAGCUUAUUUUUGUAUUCGACGAAUAUCACUCUCUACCUGUGUAUUCUAAAGCAGAGAAUGGACUCUUAUAUUGUACUAUGAAAUUGAGCAGUUGUUUAUUGAUUGUGAGAUAUCAUUUUCCUUCCCCGAAAUGGUGUCGAGCAAUGCGUGUACUAUUAUAUUAUGGUACGCUGUUGUCGUGGCUGAAAUGAAAAGUGCAGCGCGCGCAGCAGCGGCAGCCGCGUCGGUCAGCACUGCCAGCACCGAUGUAGCACUCACACGUUUGGGAUUCAAUGUUUUUUGUUACACCCAACUAAAUUGUAACCUUACAAACGUUAAACUUCUCUCGCUCGACCUCGAGCGAUAGUUUUAUCGUAUCUAAUAACGCUUAAUAAGAAAAGCAAUGGCUACGCCGAUUCAUAUCAAUUUUGUCCGUAAUAGUUUUAAUAGUUCCAAUUUAUAAGCUUCUUACUGUACCGAAAUGUUACGUUGUAUCUUCUAUACGAGGACGGCUCGCGCCGGACCUCACGAAGUUAAGAGAGUUUAGAGAAAUUUUUGCAAAGUUAUCUAUGUAAGCUUAACAAAUCAGCUGUGAAAUCGGUACCAGAGUUCACUUCCGUCCUAAUUCAGUACGCAUCAUAGGAAUCGAGCCAUUUUAUGUAACGCGCACUCUCCACGUAGUUAAUGUAAUUUCCUUCCCUGAAUUACAUUAGCUGUGGCCGCCGCGGGCGCCGCCGGUCUUCCCCGCCGCCAGCGCCCGCGACCCCGCCCUUUGUCGCGCACUGUUUGCAGGACCGAUAGUCCAACUCACCGACUCUAUAAUACUGUGUCUCCUAGCACAAGUCACUGAUUGCUUCUCCGGAAUGUUAUAAUGUUAGAUAGUGACGACACAUUUGCAAUUUCGGUCCUAUAGUUUGGAUAUUGUAGAAGUCGGUCUUAGCCACACUAUCGGCCCUGGGUGCGGUGCGUUCGAAUAUACCUUUUGUCUAAUAAAUUGCGAGCGGGCUGGUACUGCUUCGAUGAAUAUUGCUCUUGCAGAUUACAUUGUGAUGUUUUACCUAACAAACCUUUUGGCUAUCCGGAACAGAUGACCGUAAUUAGCAAUAAGAUAAUCGAUAUACCUAAGAGAUCGAACGUCCCUUACCGAGUAAGGUAGAUAUUAUUGUAUUUUUAUUUUACAAUUGACACCCAGAUGUGGACCCUGUGGAGUGUACGAGUGUUUGAACAUGGAGCGAUCCGCAAGUCGUACCUCAAAGUCGUAGUCGAAUUUCGAGUCAGUAUAUUGUCUUUUCUAGCACAACAAACUAAAUCAUUAAAUUUUUGUAAUUUAUCUUUGGAAGUGGUCAAUUUUCUACUGUGUAAAUAUUGAGAGCUUAUCGCCGGGUAGAUCCCAAACCGCACGCGACAGUAAUGUCAUUUAUCAUGUCUUAUAAGUCGAUAUCGGCGAGUAUGCAGUGCAGUACGCGAUACGUAACGUAAUAAGCUUGAAGCAAUAACGUCGAUCUCUGCUCGACGACGGUUUCGCUUUCAAUAAGAAACAGUCACGUCAUCGAAUAGUUGUGUGUCGGUUGUUUUCAAUUCAUUUACAUAAAAUGUGAAAUUCUCAAGUGCAAGACAAUCUAAGUGUUGCAAACGUUUAAAGAGUCUGUGUAUCGUAACUAAAUGAGGCGCUUACAGUUUUGCACAUAUUUUGCAAUAAUUACCUAUGAUUACAGAUAAUAAUUAUGUAGAUAAUUUUAUAAGGUGAGUCAACAGCGCGUCGUGCGCACGGGCGGUCUUCCCCACCGACCGCGCGGCACAGCGCUGCAUUCGUUCAGUUAUUUCAUUUGGAAUUGUAUUACGUGACACCACGUUGCCUACGUCAAGCCUAAAACCACUAGGAACAGUUCCCGUCUAAGAAUUUCAAGGUGGAAUCAUUUUGAAACCUAAUCCAAAAGAAAUAAGUCAACAGUUCCCAAAUACAAAAUGUUAGCUAUCGGUAGUAAGUAGUCAAAUGACAAUCAUCAGUGUUGUAAUAAAAACAAACCACCUUGCCAUUGUGUUCAAGUGAGACUAUGUCGCUUAUCGGGAACCGCUCUGGGUGGUUCAGAAGCGUAAGCGUGUUGUAAUUAUGUAAAUUGAACACCCUCUUAUGUUGGUCAAACCAAACAUUUACCCUACAAUUAGGCAUAUUUGCACAAAAAAGUUGUGUUUAAUUAAGUUUAGACAAUAAGUUAUGAUAUCAUUGUGUUAUUUAUUUAAAUAUACUUAUGACAAAAAAGUGAGUUCAGUUUGCUGAAUGAUAGAGGUUUAAUUGAGUAUUUAUUAUAUAUAUUGUUGAAGUUUGUACAAAAUAAAUUAAGUAAACGAUAAAAUAUAGAACUUGA